CGCCAUGCCAUGUCCUGCCGCGGGCCACCACACAGGAGCCCUGGAACGGGAGGGAGGGGAGAGUCGGUCCCGGUGGGAGCCCUCAGUGGGCACGACGGUGGCAACCGGCGGCGGGGGUGCGGCCCCUGAUGGGCACCGCCGGGCACGGGUGGGCGCUGCCAGGCGCUGCCCGGUGCCACCGGGCACCACCGGUUACACCUGGCUGCCACUGGGCCCACCCAAGCACCCAAGCAUGGAUGGGCGUCACCGGGCAGGCACUGCGUGUGUCGCCUGCAGGCCCCGGUGGGGCCCGGCUGUGUCCCGGCAGACGCAGGGUCCCCUCCCGCCCCCGCCCCGUGGCACUAGGACCCCUCCGAGCCACCCCAGCUGUCCCUGCCCAGAGGGACUGUCACCACCUCGCAGCUGUGACGGGGACAGUUAAAAAUAGCGGUGGCAGCAAUGGCUGCCCGGUGCUGCCUCGCCACACGCUUCCACCGUGUCCACGGGGCCAACGUCCGCCUGGAUGCCUCGCGUACGCGGGCCACCCGGGUGGAGAGCUUCGCCAAUGGGCUCUGCUUCAGCCAGGAGCCGCUGGCGCCCGGGCAGAUAUUCCUGGUGGAGAUCGAGGAGAAGGAGCUGGGCUGGUGUGGGCAUCUGCGCGUGGGGCUGACGGCCCACGACCCCCAGAGCUUGAGGGUGGUGCCUGAGUACUCGCUCCCGGACCUGGUCAACAUGGGGGACACCUGGGUGUUUGCUAUCACCCGGAGCCACAACCGUGUGGCGGUGGAUGGGGAGGAGGCACCGGUGCAGGCGCGGGGCCUCCCAUGGGAGCCCUUCCUGCUGAUCGAGCAGGUGAGGAUCCCCCGUGACACACUGGUGGGACGCAGCAGGCCAGGGCGCUACAGCCACAUCCUGGAUGACCUGUACAAGAUGAACAUUCUGCCUGCAACCGCCCGGCGCAGCCGGAUCGGUGUGCUGUACGCCCCACAGCCUGAUGGCACUGCCGACAUGCACAUCGUCAUCAAUGGAGAGGACAUGGGGCCGAGCGCCAGGCACCUGCCCACUACGCGCCCGCUCUACGCCGUGGUCGACGUCUUUGCCUCCACCAAGAGUGUCCGGGUCAUCCCAGUGGAAUAUGGCUUUCCCUCCCUGCAGACCCUCUGCCGGCUAGUCAUCCAGAAGCAUGUUGUCCACCGCUUGGCCAUCGAUGGCCUGGACCUGCCUCCAACACUGAAGAGCUUCUGCAAACACGAGUGAGGUGUCAAGGGUGCUAACCCCAGGCCGCCCACCACACCAACAGCCCCACCAGUGUUGGCCGGCUGGCUGCCUGGGCAGGAUCUGUGCCCCCAGCUGCCCUCUCCACCCCCCAGGGCCCAUCAGCACAUGGCCCCCCGUGCCCCCGUGGCACCUGCAUGCAUGGCACGUGCUGCCAAAGGGCUGAUGCGAGAGCAUGGGCAGUGUGGCAGAGCAUCAGAGGGACUUCACACCUGGAGAUGGGUGCAGCAGGGCUGGUGCAACAGGUAGGAGGGUGGCACAGGGCAGAGUGAUCAAUAAAGCACUU